GUUCUGGAGGAAAUCAUUGGCAUAGGGGGCUUUGGAAAAGUGUAUCGAGCUGUAUGGGUAGGAGAUGAAGUUGCUGUCAAGGCAGCUCGCUAUGACCCUGAUGAGGACAUCAGCCAGACCAUUGAGAAUGUCCGCCAAGAGGCCAAGCUCUUUGCAAUGUUGAAGCAUCCCAACAUCAUUGCCCUCAGGGGGGUGUGUUUGAAGGAACCUAAUCUCUGCUUGAUCAUGGAGUUUGCUCGUGGAGGAUCGCUAAAUAGAGUGUUGUCUGGCAAAAGGAUACCUCCUGACAUACUAGUGAACUGGGCAGUGCAGAUUGCAAGGGGAAUGAACUACCUGCACGAGGAAGCAAUUGUUCCCAUAAUUCACCGUGACCUGAAGUCCAGCAACAUACUGAUACUCGAAAAGGUGGAAAAUGGAGAUCUGAGCAACAAGAUACUGAAGAUCACGGAUUUCGGCUUGGCCAGGGAAUGGCAUAAAACUACCAAAAUGAGCGCAGCUGGGACAUAUGCCUGGAUGGCUCCGGAGGUCAUCCGCUCCUCCAUGUUCUCCAAAGGCAGCGAUGUGUGGAGUUACGGUGUGCUGCUUUGGGAACUGCUAACAGGAGAAGUACCAUUCCGAGGAAUCGAUGGUCUCGCAGUAGCAUAUGGUGUUGCCAUGAAUAAACUUGCCCUUCCAAUCCCUUCCACGUGUCCAGAGCCUUUUGCCAAACUCAUGGAAGAUUGUUGGAACCCUGACCCACACUCACGACCUUCCUUUGCCACUAUCCUAGACCAUCUUACUGCCAUAGAAGAGUCUGGUUUCUUUGAAAUGCCCAAAGAUUCCUUCCACUCGCUGCAGGAAGACUGGAAACAAGAGAUCCAAGAGAUGUUUGAUCAGCUCAGAGCCAAAGAAAAGGAGCUACGCACGUGGGAAGAAGAACUGACUCGUGCUGCUGUUGAACAGAAGAAUCAUGAGGAGUUGCUGCGAAGGCGGGAGCAGGAGCUGGCAGAACGGGAGAUUGACAUCCUGGAAAGGGAGCUCAACAUCAUCAUCCACCAGUUGUGUCAGGAGAAGCCUCGAGUGAAGAAGCGCAUGGGGAAGUUCAAGAGGAACCGUCUCAAGUUAAAAGAUGGCAAUCAUAUCAGCUUGCCUUCAGAUUUCCAGCAUAAAUUCACUGUGCAGGCUUCUCCAACGAUGGAUAAAAGGAAAAGCUUGAUCAGCAGCUGCUCCAGCCCUCCUGCAAGUCCUACCAUUAUUCCCAGACUCAGGGCCAUACAGUUGACUCAAACAUGGGGACGAAGCUCAGUCCUUCCAAAGGAGGAGGGAGAGGAAGAAGAGAAGAGAGGCCAGAAGAAAAAGGGACGCACUUGGGGACCGAGCUCACUUUGUCAUAAGGAGCUAGGUGCAGGAGAAGAUAGACAAUAUAGAAGGGGGGAAUGAAAAUUGGUUGUGACCACAGUACGUUUUCUCCCAUCUUUCUGCUAUUUCAGUCUGAAAGCUCUGGUAGAAGGAUACAAACAGUGGUCAUCCAGUGCACCGAACCUUGGGAAGAUCCAGAGGACUGCGCUUGCUUUUCCAGGAUUCACCAGCUUAGCAGAGAUGGAUGAUGAAGACAGUGAAUGUCUUAACGGAGAGGGAAAAGUGCACCCUUCACCUGGGCACAAUCAGUCAUACCUCUGCAUCCCAUUUCAGAAGAAUGAAGACUGGGAUGGCCCUUCUAGUGAUGCCAAUGAGGAGUCCACCCCUGUGAACUCUGCUACAAGUACCCCACAGCUGACUCCCACCAACAGCCUCAAAUGUAGUGGCUCCCACCACAAGCGAUGUGAGGUUGCAUUGCUCGGCUGUGGAGCAGUGCUGGCUGCUGCAGGCUUGGGCUUUGACCUGUUAGAAGCAGGGAAGUGUCAGCUGCUAAUAGAGGAGGAGCCAGAGGCACCCAAGGAAGAGAAGAAAAAGCGUGACAGCAUUUUCCAGCGAGCUGGACGCCCACGCAGGAGCACUAGUCCACCUUCCCGGAAGAUCUUCAAGAAAGAGGAUCCCAUGUUGUUGCUAGGCGAGCCAUCCACAUCCCUCACCCUUCUUUCCCUGUCUUCCAUUUCCGAAUGUAAUUCCACCCGGUCCCUGCUGCGCUCAGACAGUGAUGAGAUUGUGGUAUAUGAAAUGCCUGUCAGCCCAGUGACAGUCAAGGCUCCCUUGCCAGCCAUCACCAACCCGCUAGUCAAUGUCCAGAUUGAGAGGUUCAAACAGGACCCCAACCAGUCCCUGACUCCCACCCAUGUGACGCUCUCUUCCCAUACCCAGCAAAGCGGGCACAGGCGCACACCUUCUGAUGGGGCCAUCAAAGGGAGCGGACUAGUUGUCAAUGGGUGCCCAACCAGUGGAUGCCCUUCCAGUAGCUGUUUAACUGGAGCACUGGGAGCAGGUGUAUUAAAAACACCUAGUCCAAGUAGAGAUCCCAAUGAGGUCCCUCGCCUGCCAGACCCCAACCUUGUUUUUCCUCCAACCCCGAGACGAUGGAAUGCACAGCAGGACCCCACACUGGAAAGACCCAAGACAUUGGAGUUCCUGCCCCGGCCACGUCCUGCAGCCAGUCGGCAGCGGCUUGAUCCCUGGUGGUUUGUGUCACCCAGCAAUGCCAAGGGUGAAUCUUCUGCCAACAGUUCAAGUACUGAUACUCCAAGCAAUCUGGACUCUUGUUUUGCUAGUAGCAGCAGCACUGUAGAAGAGAGACCUGGACUGCCUGCACUGCUUCCUUUGCAGGUGGGUCUUCCUGUAGAGGAGCGGACACUGUUGGACAUAGAUGCUGAGGGGCAGAGCCAGGACAGCACCAUUCCGCUAUGCAGAAGUGAACUUAACACACACAAAGCUGCAGCAUAUGAACUCAAGCAAGAAUUCUGGUCUUAG